AUGGCGGCUGUCCACGACGACCCGGAGCAGGACGGGCUGUGGGACUACCUCUUUUGCACCGAGAUGAUGCCACAAGAAACCUACUUUUCGCGCGACGGCGUGAACGAUAUGUUCCUGCCUUUCCACCCCGACGAAGCGUACAACAUGUCCUACAUCCACAAGAGGUGUCGCGAGAAGUGGGGCGUGGAGCCGAAUCCCACCCGGGUCGCCGACUGGCUUGGCGGCAUGGAGGCGCUGAAGCAGGCCUCCAACAUUGUCUUGUCCAACGGGCUGUACGACCCCUGGUCCGCAAUCGGCGUCCUCUCGAGCGUGUCGGAGACGGUGGUGGCGGUCAUCAUUCCCGAGGGCGCACACCACCUUGACCUGAUGUUUGCGCACCCGGAUGAUCCGUUGAGUGUGCGGGAGGCGCGCCAUGUGGAGCUUCAGCACAUUAAGCGUUGGCUCGGCCUCAGCGGCACCUUGCCGACGCCGAUGCUGGCGCAGGGGCUGGAGCGCGGCACGUCCAUCGCGAGCGCAUCAGCGGCAGCCGGGUCCCUCGUCGUCAUCCUCGUCGUGGCGUCCGCCUCGCUGGCCAUCGCCUUUUUGUUCCGCGCCGGCCGAGGACACAAAUGGAAGGCGAAGGUCGUCGUUGAUGGGCAGGGCGAGGCAGCGGAUGCGUACAAGGCCAUGGAAGGUUAA